AAAUGGGGGUGCACAGGAAGCAAAUGUGAGCAUAAAAGCACAAAACGGGUAAAGCCCUAACCCUUUUUGUCGUUACUUAGUUUACCGUAUGUUAUUAUAGUUUCCAAAGGCACGCAGCGAGUUUAGGCGCGGCGGGAUCAUCACGAGAUUGCAAAAUGAAGUUCAACAUUGCAAAUCCCACCACUGGGUGCCAGAAGAAGCUGGAAAUCGAUGACGACCUGAAGCUUCGGGCAUUUUGGGACAAGAGGAUCUCCCAGGAGGUCCUUGGUGACGCCCUGGGUGAGGAGUUUAAAGGAUAUGUUUUCAAAAUCACUGGUGGGUGUGACAAACAAGGAUUCCCAAUGAAGCAGGGAGUGUUGACCCCUGGUCGUGUUCGACUCUUGCUCCAUAGAGGAACUCCUUGUUUCCGUGGAUAUGGAAGGCGCAAUGGAGAGCGUAGAAGGAAAUCUGUUCGUGGGUGCAUUGUCAGCCCAGACCUCUCUGUUUUGAACUUGGUAAUUGUGAAAAAGGGUGAGAGUGACUUGCCCGGUCUCACUGAUGUUGAGAAGCCAAGGAUGAGGGGUCCAAAGAGAGCAUCCAAAAUCCGUAAGCUGUUCAACCUGUCCAAGGAGGACGAUGUGAGAAAGUAUGUUAACACAUACCGUCGAACCUUUAUAACAAAAGCUGGGAAAAAAGUGAGCAAAGCUCCAAAGAUUCAACGAUUGGUCACUCCUUUGACACUCCAAAGGAAACGAGCAAGGAUUGCCGACAAGAAGAAGAGAAUUGCUAAGGCAAAAUCAGAAGCAGCAGAGUAUCAAAAACUCCUUGCUUCCAGAUUGAAGGAGCAGAGAGAUCGCCGGAGUGAGAGCUUGGCUAAACGGAGAUCCAAACUUUCCAGUGCUGCAAAACCAACUGUCUCAGCAUAGGUUGCUUUCUGGUAGAGAUAUGGCGAAGUUUAAACUUCACCCUAGUUUUUGGUAGUCUUGUUUGAGGGUGAUUAUGAUAAACAUUUAUGGUUUUUCACUUUAAAUACAUUUGAGUUCAUUUAAGUAUUUUGCAAAUUUUUGAGAGUUCAAUCGAAUCGAAUUGAUGUGUUGUUGGCUUCUAUAAAGUUGCAUAAUACUUUUCAUUUUA